CUGCGAUUCGAUGCGUGUCUAAUCACUCGAGCUGAGAGACAGCGGGUGGAAGAUAUUCGAGAUCAAACAUGCAUUGAUCUGUUGCACAGAGGAAACCGCAUCCUUUCACGCCAUGGAUGCUUAUCCAAAUGACUAUAUCGUGCAUAAUCUGCCAUUAAUACUACUGUCCGGCAUUGCGCACGACGAAGCAGCCUCGAGGCCCGAAUAUCCAUCCCUUCAACAAAGAGGCACGGCAAUUGAGUCAGAUUUUCCGCUAUUGACGGGGCCUCUUGUCGAUAUCUUGCGCUCCGCAUUCAUUGAUCAUGACGCUUCUGAAGCCGCUUGGCGACCCCCGACGGAUACUGGAAAAUUCAAUGGAUCUCCUUUAAGAAUCAAGACUAUUGGAAGGUCCUAUCGCCUUCCCCCGCAAAAAGCGGAAUUUCCUUCGGAUGCAGACUUCUCCUCUUCCUCUGUCGUACCAGUCGUGCAUUCCCCAAUCUCGCCAUUGACACCAGGCUCCCCGACCUUUCCCGAUGGUAUCCUUACGCCGCUAUGGAUGCUUAAGCACCAGGACCUGGUACCAGCCGCAACAAUCAAUGUCUUUCCAUUAACCUCCGACCCUAGUAUGAGCACGUUGAGAGACAAUCAGCUGAAAAUCGAACUACGAGAUUUGAAAGAAUCAUGGGCUGCUUCCGGUUAUCGAUCUCGAUUUGUUGUGAUACUUGUGGCUGAAGAUGGCAUCUCAUCGCAGGAUAUUGAAGACCGUCUUGCAAACAUUCGCAGGGCUACAAACUUGGAUCCCAGGUCUUUACAUGUCUUGAAUGCGGAUUUGUCGCCCGUGGAGGUCAAGGAUUUUGUGCGAUCAUUCUUGUCGUCUAUCCAAGCUUCGCUUGUAGACUACUAUAGAGACUUAUCAAAGCAUGCCCGGCGAAAACGUAACAGAGGGACCAUACCACCGCCAACAGUUCCACCUACACAAGGAACAUCGCAGACUUUAUCAACGCAAGGCUGGAAUGUUCGGUAUGAAUUUAAACUGGGAGUAUUUGCUGAAUUCCGUCAGGAAAUGGAGGCAGCUCAACGUAACUUUGAAGCUGCAUAUGAGACAUUGUUCGGACAAGAAGUCUUUGAAUCGAUUGCGGGAUGGAGCCCAAGGUUCAACGAGGCGCGACUAUUAGGCGAUGUUCUGGCUAUUCGUAUCAUCCGUUGUCUUCUUUGGACUAGCCAACCGACUGCUGCCGUUCGAUUUUGGCUUAAUCACAAAAGUAAUACAGAGGACAUUGUCAAUCGCAGGGGCAAGGGAACGAAGAACUACGGGUGGGAAGCAUGGGUUGCACGGUGGUCAAUGGUAAUGGCUCAACUUAUAUCACGGGCCGAGCUUCCUGCAUUCUCGGCAGAGUUUCUUCAAAAUCCUGCACGGCUCUACGAUUCAAUAUUUCAUCCUCCUGAAAAGGGCACUUCGAGCGACGGAAACCUACUCCCCUGGGAGUAUCUCCAUCACCAGGGGUAUUGGCUCGAUCGCUCCGCCAGACAUACUGUUCGGCGUCGUCAACUUGCGGAGCAGAUUCCAGAGGAACACAGAGUUGCGAUCGAUCAAGUGCCUGCAUCGCAAGCCGUUGCUCAGUCACAAUUCUAUGAUACCUAUUUAGCACCUGAGCCAGCGGUAGAAGCCCCGAAUCCCGAAGGGUCCGGAUUUGACCAUAACACUUUGAUACUACAAACGCUAAAAGCAGCUCUACAACAUUUUGCGGCACGGGAUCAGGUACGAAAAGUCGAGAGUUUGAGUCUGGAGAUCGCACAGUUUCACAUCAUUGCAAAACAAUGGCAAGAGGCCUAUGAUAUCCUGAAACCACUUUGGCCUCACCUGACAUGGCGAAAAGGUCACUGGUGGGAUCUGAUGGGUGAGUUCGCUUGGGCAUUGAGAUCGUGCGCCCUUGAGCUACACGACAUUGAUACAUUGUUUUGGGUCCACUGGGAACUUCUGAGUAAAGCUUUGCCGUUGCGACCUGAUUGGGACUACAAUUUACAUCGAUGUCUUGAUGGUGUAUCAGUUGGCAGUCCAAAACCCACCAUAGUCCUCAAAGCUGAAGAUGUUCUCACCUGUCUGUCAGCUUCAAUGGUCUUCCAAAAAGGCGAAGGCAAUGUCGGUCAAGCACUACAGCUACAAAUGGCUAUCACCUCGCAUGCGCACCAACAUGCCGCACCACUAAAGCUAUCUCAAGUCAAAGUUAUCUUCGAAGGUGGUCUACGCCCCAUUACAAUCCAGGCAGAUGACGCCACGGGGAAACCCAACAGUUCCUCAUCUCAGAUCUUUGACAUCAAAUUACGUGACUCAGCCCAUUCCACUGAGUCUUCAACACUUUUGUCGCCAACCGGCCACGUUUCAUCCAUGAUAGGACAGGCCGACUUGACUUUCAGACCUUCAGAAGCCAGAGUGUUCAACAUGACUGCAAUUCCCCGUGAAUCUGGUGAAUCACGGAUAGCUUCAAUCACAAUAGCGAUUGAAGAGGAAAAAUUCAAUCUCCUAUAUGUGAUCACAAAUCACGAGCAAGGCAUGUCUUUCUGGUGGAGAGACGGCCUUCGAGGCCCCUCUAAGAAAAGAAUAGGCAAAGGUCGUGAUACUACGGCAUGCAAGAUCCUUCCAAAGCCCCCGAACAUACAAAUUCAACUACCGGAUCUCAAACCGCACUAUUAUACUAGCGAACGCGUCAGUCUGACUGUGGCUAUACAGAACAAUGAAGAUGAUGCCGCAGAAGUAGCCAUGCAGAUCAGGGUCCGUGGACAGCCUGAUUCACCACUUAAAAUAUCAUGGUCUGACGACGCUGACGAGACUACCGAGUUUGACGGCGUGAGUGUUGAAAGUACAAAUCAUUUGAAGUCUCGUUCUGUGGGCACCCUGUCUCCAGCUGCUAUAUCUGAGAUCCCAAUCAUCCUAUCUAACACAGCAGAUGCUUUGGAGUACGAGGUUGAGAUAUCGGUCAAUUACUUUCUGGUAUCCGAUCCGGAGACACCAAUAUCCAAAUCAAUAUCCGCCACUCUCGUAUUUAUCAGACCAUUUGAAGCAAACUACGACUUUCUACCUCGGAUUAAUCCUAAUGCCUGGCCUAAUCUGUUCCACUUAAACACUGAUUCAGACGGUGACAAACCUGACGGCUUGCAGCAGAGAUGGUGUGUCAGCCCAAAGAUCGUCUCAUUUGCUUCCGAGCCUCUUGUCAUUCAGAAAGUCAACGUUGGUCUCCUGGAGAUUCACGGUGGGGCAAUAUGUGAUAUUGGGCCCGAAAAGUUGACCACUCCAGAGGCAAAGCAAAUACUGCCUGAAGAACUUCGCACUUCCGAGUUUAUUCUCAAUGUGCAGAAAAUCAGUCUAGACGACCGAAGGUCUGUGGCGCUCGAUCUUUCUCUCAAUAUAGAGUGGCGUAGACCGUCGUCGGCGGAUGGAGAUGAAGAAAUUAUUACCACAGCAACAUCAUUGGCCAUGCCACGAUUCAUGAUCCCGAUGGGCGAACCCCGUGUCCUUGCAUCUGCAUCCGCAUCCAAAGAACUCCCUGGUUUAAUACAUCUAGACUACACCCUUGAAAACCCGUCAAUGCAUACUCUAACAUUCUCACUCACCAUGGAUGCGAGUGAGCAUUUUGCUUUCAGUGGAGCCAAGACAAGAGCUCUUCAACUGGUCCCUCUAAGCAGGCACACAGUUCGAUAUAAUAUAUUUGCAUUCAGAUCUGGGAUGUGGAUCCAGCCCCAUCUUGUUGUUGUUGAUACUUACUUCAACAAGACUCUACGCGUGUUGCCAACAGAGGGUAUGAGAGCAGAUAAAAAGGGAAUAUUGGUAUGGGUUGAUGCUUAUGAGUCUUAAUGAUUUAUGUCUAUAGACGAAUUGGGUGGUUUGCGGAUGGAGUAACUUUAGUAUAACUAUAUCUAGGUAAUUUACGAUAACUGAACAU